CGGUUGUGCCGCUGCUGCAACCUUGGAAGUUAAGCGUGCGCUUGUGUCGACACUGCUCGCAGCUCAGCGGAGUCGGGGACUCUCAUCCGAGAUCAUUCUCUUGAAGAGUCCACCGGGGCAGCAUGGUGCGUGCACCACUGCGGCAGUUAGCGUAGACCUGGCUUGUUGAAGUGUGUCCGUAGCGCAGUGUGUCGAUGGUCGGCUUGCAUUUUGUCUUGAAACGAAACAAAAAAGAAUUUCAGCCCUCGGAUUACUUACCGGUACAUACUUCAUGUGUGGGACGGCAAGCAACUCGGAGAGUCGAAGUGCUCAUACUUUUGAACUUCAUUCACACUGUCACUGCAGUGCAUCGGCAGUCCGACGACAGCGUUCGGGUGCGGUUUGUGACUUUGUCGCUUGCAGCUGCUGUGUCCAAAGACAACCCGCGCUUGAAAAAGCAAGCAAUGGGUUCUAGUCAGAAUUCCGUGCGAACUACGGAGUAUCGCAUGCAACUACAGUAUGUAGUCAAAUGGGAUCGCAAAGUCUCAGAAGACAAGAAAUAUCUGUACCCCAAGUACAAAUGUGCCGUGUGUAAGGAGGUCCUUCCCUACAUACAACGUGCUGGGUUCAAGUGUGAAAUGUUAUCUUCUGACGGCAAGAACCUUAUCGGCGCCCCGAUUGCUGCCAACGAGGGACCCUUGCUGCAUGGCGAGCUUGGGGACCUUGAUUGACGAGCAAAGGCAAUUCUGGAGCUCCAGAACCGAGACUAUGGAAGUGCCGAAAAUGUGUCCUUCCCUCUUUUUGUUGCCAUCCCCUCACGCUAACGUCGACCGACAGUGUCAAUGUGUGUCGAGCUAGAGACAC